AGUCAAUGAACAGCAAGCAAAAAAAUGGGAAAUAAAAAGAGAGGAAAACAGUCUCUAUCUCUAAUGGGGAGUAGAUAAGACUGACACGGUAGAAAGCAAGCAUGAUUGAUGGGUGUUCGAAGUCCUUCUUUUGGACCUACAGUAUUUCAAAUUAAGGUUGAAGUAUGUGUGGUGUAGACAGAUUGAGGGGCACUUUUCUUAAGAUGUAGAUGUUAGGAGAUUGAUCGUUUAUCCAGAGGAAAAAUCUGUGUGGCUGUCGGAGCUUUGUGAGUAGGUCCUACACACAUAAUUGGUAAAGUAAAAGCAAACAAGGAAAUUGACAGGAGGUCCAAUCAGAGGGGCCCAGAGACUCCCAUCUAUCUUCUGCUUGAUUCAUAGUCCCGCCCACCUGCAGCAUAUAUAGUGGCAUGGCAGAAGGUCUUCUAGAGCCUUUUCUGUUGAUACAGUGAUAGCUGAUGCUGAUUAGAGAUAUUUGGCCCCUGAAGAGCAUCUGUGAAACUUUGCUGUGACUCAUUUUUCUCCUGCCUGCUGCCUGUGACUGUCAAGUCCCCCGUUGACAGAGCCUCUCCAUUCCUCUCAUUGACUUUGACCGCUCUCUGACCACUGAGUACAGUAGGACACUUUCUCUUUAACUCCUAGGUAUGUAUGCGUAGAUGUUUACAUUGAAUAGCUUUUCUUAUUUUUCAUGUCCAUGUUGAAUAGAUGUGUUGUUUCAGUAUUACUGUUUCACUUUUCCCCAUGAGAGCCAGCAGGUCUACUUGUGUCCCUGGCAAGAGACUCUUUUAAUCAGUCUCAUGGGUCUUACCAUUUUAGCUUAUUAAAGCUAAAGCUCUUUUAUACUGUAAUGCUAUGUCAUUCAUUCAUGUUGUUUGUUUAGUUUUACUUGUUGUAUUCUUUACUUUCUUGACUUUGAAGACAAAAAGUUCUGUCAUGUUCAAAGUGAUUGUUAGGCUUUAUUUGUUGUCUGUAUAAAGACCAUGGAUCCAAAAACAUAGAUAACUUUCACUGAUUACAGUGUCCUGCUCUUACCCUGAAUACUUGUGUGUGUAUUUUUUGCCACUGAAAAACAUGGAGGAGGUGGUGUGGAGGGAGGGAGGGAGAGAGAGAAGGAUAUCUUUAUGUUCUUUUUGUGAGUGUAUGUGGGUAGAGAGGGUGGCACAUCUCUUAUCCUGUUUUUGGCAGUGAUAAGAGCAGCUUAGAGUGUGGGGCCCCUAGGAGCCGAGCGUGUUUGUGUAGGGGGGAAAAAACUCUCUCUGAGGGACUUCUAAAAGGAUGUCAUUUGUUUUUCGGGUGAUAUGAUACCAGAAGCAUGUGUCUGUGUGUGUGAGCAAAACCCUUCUUUUUUUUCACUUGGAGUACUUAUGGGAUUGCCUAUAUCUAUAGUACCAUUGAGUGGUUGGUAUUUACUGGUUCUUUUAGGGAAAAUAUGAAGGUUUCUUGAAUUGAAUGGCCUGAUAAAAUGAGAGACUCAACUAAUAUGUAAUGUAUAAGCUGUAUUGAGUUUACUUACUUCAUCAUGAAUUGAUGUAUCAAAAUAGAUUACACUUUGUAGAUAUAGGCUGGGUGUUGUUUUCAAAUCUAUUUCUUUUGCUUUGGACGAGUUUUAACUUUUGCAUUCCAUAGGUCUUCCAGCAGUUUCUUUGAGCCCUAGUGUGAUCUGGAGAGAGCAAGAGAGAGAGAGAAAGAGAAAGAGAGGGAGAGAGAAAGUGGAGUGAAGAGAGAGCGAGAGAGUGAGAAGUGCUUCAGUACUUUUCCAUUAGCAGAGGCGCAGAGCACAUAGAGGAAGUGAAGGUCCUGAAACAGUCCUCACUCUCUUCAGGCAAAGGUGUACAGCCUCUGACAUGUAGCGUUAGAGUCAUUAUUGUCUGUCAUUGGCUCUGUUUGUCUCACCACAUACACCCAUAGUUACUCAGAGAAUUUUGAACUGUGUUUGUGUGUGUGUGCGUGCAUGUGGUGUGCGCGCGCGUAUGUGUGUGCGUGUGUGUGUGUGUAUGUAGUAGAGCAGACAGAGGCAGUAAUGUGAUCGUUCUGAUCCACUCCGUCAGUAACCUGGAUCAGCUGUCUGAGUGGAAUAAUAGGCUUGCCAGUUCAUGUGACAACUGUGUUGCACUGGUCUGUUGCAAUAGGAAAAGUACUGAAACCUUCUCCUUGAAAGAAGCUUUUGUUUAGGUGAUUGAAACAGGCAAAUCUGUCUGGAGGAACCCCAAAAUAAAAGCUGAUCUAGUGAAAUGUAACAUGUAAAUAUAUCAGUAUAAAAUGUACAACUUCAUAUAAUACAGCCACAGCAAUAUAGAAAUUAUACUUAUAUACUUUAAAAAUAUAAAUAAGAUAUUUAUCUAGUGAUAGUUGUGUGUGAGUGAGUGUGAGAGGCCUGGGGAGGUAUAGGGUGAUCUCUUUAUGGGCUGUGCAUGGUAACUGGAAAGAGCUAAAUGGCCUCUACUUGAAGGUUUUAAGAAAAAGACCCUCUCUGGUCUGGUCCCAGCCCCGACCGGCCCCACAGCUCAUUGCAAUGAAUGCCACAUUGUAAGAAUUUUCCACUUACCGUUUGUCUUCAAAGUUUUUUGUAAACACAGGAGGCGGCAGCACGUACUGUAAUCUUUUUUUCUUUUUUUUUUCAAGCAUGUGUUCGCUUUUCACCCUGCCUCUCCCUCUCCCUCAUAUGUGUGAACGAGACAGCGCACAUUGGUGUAGCAUAAAUGACUCGUCUGAGAUUUUUUGCACACCAAAAGUGCUUCACCAGAAGCAUGUGUAAUAUAGUUGUGAAAUGUGGAUUUGGGGGGAGGGAGGGGAGAGAGAGAGAGAUGGAAAGGCAUGGAUAACUUUGUGGCUGUGUGUCACAUAAUGAAUGGAAAUGUGUACUCAAACUGUCUGGACCAAACUAGAGCAGCUGUGUCUCUCGUGUCUCGUCUGCGUCUGUCUUGCCUUGCCGUUCGUGUUUUGAGGCCACAUGCGAGGAAUCAAUACAGACUGGCUGCGUACAACUGACCUGUUAGAUGUCGCCCCUCCAGUUCUACAACUCACACCAGCCUGGGGAAUAUCUCCCCGGCAUCAGAACUCUGGCUGCUAACACACACACACACACAAGUAUUACUUUUAACACGUUGGUGGGCUUUCUUUGCCCUUCUCAAGGGUAUAGUACAUGGCAUCGGAUGCCCCAUCAGGUUGGCGUCAAGGUCGACUGUGUGUGAGUAUGAGAGUGUUUCGUCCAUUGGUCAGUCGGUCACUGGCAACGGAUACUCUGAUGAAGAUCAAAUGAUUCGCAGCCUUUCCUGAGCUCAGUGCUAGGAGCUUUAUGGUGCACAGCUCAUAGACUACUUAUCUAAAGCAAACAUUUCCCAUGAGGACACAUUCAUAAACUGUUCCAAAUGACAUCAAUCUCCGAUCUACAUGGCACAAUACAAUCCCUUGGGUUGCAUGGCUCCAAGAACGCACACAAGACAAACAGUAUGCUGUACAACAUGUAAACAUGUAAUUUGGUGGGGUAACUUUCCAGGCAUUUCCUCCAAAAAUGACUGAAUUGAUGAGUUGGUUAUCAAAUCCCAUUGUUGCAUGCUUCAAAGUAAUCCAAACCAAGGAAGUUUUGAUGGUUUUCUGUGUGAGACGUUUGCCCACAGUGAUAAAAAGGUGGACUGAGCGCAGAUGGGUCGUGGGGGUAAGCCAUCAUGGUUAUGGUAUGUGAGCUAUUUGAUAAAUGCACAUUGCCAUAUGCACACUAUCACGAGCAGCAGGGGGAAAAACACCCCAUUUUACAGCUGACCGGGCUAGAGAGAGCCUUCUUGGCUACAUCAUCCUUUCUAAUGCACAAACACAAACAUACAUAUAGAUGCACACAUUCCUUUUGCUGAAUCUCAGAAAUUCUUCUUUCUUUUUUCUUCUUGUGAAAAACAGAUCUCUCUCUUUUGAAGGGUGGGGGGGAUGUUAAUUCAUAUAGAGUCUCUUUUUUGCAGUGUGAGCCAAUCUGUCCAUUGGGCGUGGGCUUCACGGCUACAGAGCCACUGGUAAAUGUAGUUCUUAAUGUGUCACAGCGUGACUUCAUAAGGAGAUAAUACGGUAAAGUUUUCUAUACUUGUUUGACAUUUCAAGUUUGUUAUGUCACGGGUGGCUUCUUUUGGUAGCUACUUUGAUUCUUAUUUCCUUCAGACCUUCAGACCACGCACACACACCCAAUCUAUCUUCAGACCUUCCCUAUCCUCCACUUUGUGAAAACCCAAACUCACAUACAUACACAUUUACCCAUACAUGCACCCAUACACACACACACACAUACACGCACACACUCACACACACAGAUACAUGCAUCUACAUUCACCCAACCUUUCUCUGUCUCGCUCCUAUUAACUUGAUUUGUCGUAAUUGACUUAAUGUGGCUAAAACGUUUUGCUCUGCAAGUCUUGCUCACGGCCUCUCCUCAAGGUCCAAUCGAACCUUGUGCCAUCUGCCGCCCCUCCUUCGAAGAGAGGCGACCGCCAUUUUACCUCCACUGUCAAGGCGCUGGAAAGGUUACUUAACCAAAGACGUGACAAUGACGUUGAACAUUCCGGGUCUGGUUGUCAUGGCCUUGUUUUACCUACUCAUUUUGGGAACUGGUAUCUGGGCAUCCAUGCGAUCUAGAAAAGAGGAGCGCAAAUGCACUGGGGAUGGCAUGGAGAUCACACUACUAGCUGGGCGAAACAUCAACUUCCUGGUGGGAAUCUUCACACUAACAGCUACGUGGGUCGGUGGAGGUUUCAUCCUGGGCAUCGCUGAGGCUGUGUACAAUCCCACUCUCGGUCUGGUGUGGGCCCUGAUGCCCGUCCCCUACGUCCUGACCUUCUUCUUGGGUGGCUUCUUCUUUGCCAAGCCGAUGAGGGCAAAUAACUACUUGACAAUGAUGGACCCCUUCCAGCUGAAGUAUGGAAACAUUCUCAGCAGCCUGCUUCUAUUCCCUGCCCUUGUUGGAGAUGUGCUGUGGGUUGCACGCACACUGGUCAGCCUAGGUGGGACGAUGAGUGUGAUUCUGGACCUUCCAUACAUCUACUCUAUUCUGAUCUCCUCUGUGGUGGCCAUCCUCUACACGCUGCUCGGAGGCCUGUACUCUGUGGCCUACACUGAUGUCAUCCAGCUCAUCCUCAUCUUUGUGAGCCUGUAUAUCUGUGUGCCCUUCAUGCUGACUAACCCCAUGUCAGUGGACAUCUCCAUCACGGCCUACAACGCCACCUUCCAGUCACCCUGGGUGGGCAAGUUGGAAACAUCUGAUGCCGGAAAAUGGAUCGAUGACUUCCUGGUGCUGGCUUUGGGUGGUCUGGCCUACCAGGCAUUCUACCAGAGAAUUCUGUCUGCGUCAUCCUACACACAGGCCCAGAUCACAUGCUUCACUUCAGCUUUUUUCUGCCUCAUACUCGGAAUCCCCUCCGUGAUUAUUGGUGCAGUGGCUGCCUCAACAAACUGGAACAUGACCAGCUAUGGCCUCCCCACCCCUUAUGAGCGUGGAGAGGCGGGGGCCAUCCUGCCCAUUGCCCUGCAGUACCUCACCCCCAAUUACGUCUCAAUCAUCGGGAUCGGAGCUGUGGCCGCCGCCGUCAUGUCCUCCAUGGACUCAGCUCUCCUGUCCUCUGCAUCACUUUUCUCCUCCAACAUCUACAAGAACAUCUUUAGAAAGCAGGCAUCUGACCGAGAGAUGCAGUGGGUGAUCAAGAUCAGUGUGAUUGUAGUUGGUCUGGCCGGCACUGGUCUGACGUUCCUGGACAACAGCGUUCUGGUCUUCUGGAUGGUGGGAGUGGACAUGUCCUACACUAUCAUGUUUCCCCAGCUUGUGUGUGUCCUCUUCUUCAAUCGCUCCAAUGGCUACGGGGCCAUCAGCGGCUUUAUGCUGGGGAUCGUACUGCGCUUCAUGAGUGGAGAACCACUGGUUAACCUGAAGCCUGUCAUUAAGUUCCCCGGUGGCCGCUUUGACGACAAGAACAACUUUGUCCAAUGCUUCCCCUUCCGUACCUUCAUCAUGGUGUCGUCUGUGUUGACCAUCAUCAUCCUGUCCUAUGUCACUUCAUACAUUUUCAGCAAAGGUCUUGUCCCCGAUCGCUACGAUCUCUUCAAGAUCAAGGAGCGCGCUAAGGCCUUAGUGAGGCCAGAAAAGAAGGGUUACAAAGAAGGGGAGAAAGUGCCCAGCGUGUCCAAGCAGCUUCUGGAGACCACCAGCUGUUAGAGUGGGGUGUCCAGAUCUGGCGAUGAGAGAAGAAAUUACAGUCCAUCUUGGAUGCUGGUCCACUCAAUCCACCCACAACUAAACCCAGCAAUCAAACAUAACACACAACCAACCAACCCGACAAACAAACGAUACAAGCAAAUUUCAUGAUUCUUUCUCAUCUUUGUGCAAAGAGGGGAAUAAGAUCGAUAGUGUGUCACAGUUCUCUGUUUUGAGAUGUGGUACAAACUGAGACUUCUGUUCUCUUUAAAAAUAGAGACUUUCAAAAGCAUGGUUUACUGAAAGGUGGGUUCAAAAUACAGACUUUCUAAAGUAAGGUUUACUGAAAGGUGGGAAGGUCAGCCUAGAACCUUACUGUACCUCUUGGGCUGUGCUGGGAGGAAGUCAUUUGCAGUGGCAUUACAUAUGUGAGACUCCAACCGACAGCUUUGCUUGCACAGUCCUGAUCCUUCAUGCACAUUGCUCAGUGUGAAUGCCAGUGAGACUCAAUGAGUCACUCUAACAUUGACUCCAGCUUGAGCUUUAACAUGUGAGGUCCUCUCACAACUGAACUGAUAAACAUUUAAAUUUGUUUUUGUUUUCUUUUCUUGUUAUUGGGUAGAACACAGAACGGCCAAGCCAAGCGAAACAGCUCAAAUGAAUCUUUCCAGCCGCGUUCCCUAGACAAACUCCCCAAGCCCUCAAGAAAAGAGUCUCCACAUAGUUGUGGACUGUUAUUCGCUGCAGGACUCUGGCCCUGGAGUUGAAAGCAAUCUAAUAAAUCGAGUGAGAGACAAGAGGCGGACAGAUAUCCCUACUCACCCUAUGCUGUCAAGAAAAGCAUGGCUACAAUAACAGACCAUACACAGCUUAAGAGUAGUGUUUUGUACAGUAUACUGUAGUUUAUCUAUGGUCAUAUGUAAAGCGGUAGUUUACAAAGGGAUCUUUGUUUCGGUCCCAUCUUUAUUUAUGUUUUUAUAUUCAGCCAAGCGUAUUGGUGGCUAGUGUGUCUAGCAACACAAGCCAUUCAGAGACGGGCUAUUGUUUAUAUUGUUCAUUGACAUCGAUACAUUUAUUUUUUGUAACUAAACUGUAUCAUGAAAUAUAAUUGUGUAUGCACAUUUAGAGAUUUUGUUGUUUAGUUUAUAUACUGUGAUCCAAAUAAUCAGCCUCUUUCCACCAAAGUGCUAGACUGUAGACCUACCGAUUGUACUUUUACUGAUUCUACCUUAAAUGCAACAUGUUAAACAAGUUCUUCCUGUGUGACCCAUCAGAUGGUUUAUUUAUGUAACCGUAGAAAGGAAAGGCUAUUCUAUGUCUCUAUUGGGUCAUUAUUAGUCAAAGUAAUUGAUCAUCUCAAGAGUGCAACAAGUACAUGUAAAACAUAUGGAAGCAGGCCAAAAAUAAUUUGAUGGUGCACUCAUUGUUCCCAUGAUCAGCGGCUACAUAUUAAGAAUCCUCAAAAACCCUUCCCAACCCACCC